UUGUAUUUAAUACAUUUAUUGUGUCUAAUAUUCUGGGGGGUGGGGUUGUCAUUUGAUUUCAGGUCUAUUACUAUCAAUCAGGAGUAAAUAUUACUGGGAAAUCUUAUAUGGGCAGAGUUCAACCACCCUCUUCUCCUGGCGCAACCAAAAAUGUCUCAAUAAUAAUAAGCAACAUGCAGCCAUCAGAUUCUGGCAUCUACACUUGUGAGGUUCACAACGUUCCCGAUGUGGAUGGAAAGUCUCAGAGCAGUAUCGUUGUGACUGUCCUUGAGAAGCCCUCUAUUCCAUAUUGUGCCAUACAUGGGGAUGUGGAAUCGGGUCACGAGGUCACUCUUACCUGCCACAGUGAGCGUGGGAGCCCUACCCCUACAUACACUUGGACCAGGCUGGAUCAUACUGCAUGAGUGCCUUUGUCAUAUAUUUACAAUCCAACAACAGGGAUAUUGGAAAUCAGAAACAUAUCACAGUUUGAGUUUGGGGAAUACGAGUGCAAUGCUACAAAUGUGGUGGGAUUUUCAACGUGCACUAUUGACCUGAGUCAUGUGGCAGGUGGCAUGAUUGCAGGUGCAGUGAUUGGUGCAUUGCUCGGGUGUGUCCUAAUCCUUCUGGUUGUGUGGUUCAUUGCUCACACUAUGAAGAAGCAAAAAUACAAAGCAGUGAAAAUAUCAGAGGCCAACGAGAUGAAGAGGAGCUCUCCUCAGGCUGCUACAGACACCGUACCCAUGGCAACCACAGCCAGCAGUGUUCAUGCUGAGCAAGAGGAGCCACAAGCCUGAUAAGGCCUGUUAAUGAUCACCAUGGUUAACCUGACUAAUAGGAAGCGUAGGGUGUUCAGUCCUUCUCAGAUUUAAUCAAUAUGUUCAUGUUGAUGCUACAUUUCGUAUGCAUAAAAUUCAAUUAAAUUCAAUCUUUCAGAUAAUUUUUCUAUAUGCUAAACUGUACUUUUUUUUAU